CAGCCGACGAAACAGCCGACGAAAGCGACGACGAAGGAAAUAAAGACGAUUCUUUUCUGGACGCUCUACUAUCGCUCGCAGCCGUGGACGGGCGUGGCGAACCUGCUCGGAUCGUGCGGCGCCGACGCGCGCUGCGUCAUCACGCACAACAAGACGGCGCUGGCGACAGCCGACGCCGUCGUCUUCUUCCCGUUCACGAUGCGCGCCGAGGAGCACAACCUACCGGCCGUACACCGACCGUCGCAGCCGUGGCUUUUCUACUCGCUCGAGCCGCCGCCCGUGACGCACCACACGGGGUUUCGCGGCGAGCGCUACCCGGACUUCUUCAACUGGACGAUGACUUACCGCCGCGACUCGGACUUCUGGCUACCCUACCGCAGCUACCGCGCGACGACAGCGCCCCGCAGCGGCGUCCGACCGAACUACGCGCGCGGCAAGACGAAACUCGCCGUCGCGAUCAUCAGUAAUUGCGCCGAGGAACGACUGCGAUUCGUGCGCCGCCUAGCGGAGGUCGUCCCCGUCGACGUCUACGGACGGUGCGGCAAGGGGAAGGUUUGCACGGAGGCGCGCGGCGCCGGCGCCUGCAUGCGAGACCUGCUGCGACCGUACAAGUUCUACAUCGCCGCAGAGAACUCGCGCUGCGCCGACUACGUGACGGAGAAAUACUGGCGCUCCAUCGGCGACGACCUGCAAAUGGUGCCCAUCGUCGUCGGCCCGCCCGCCGACGACUACGCCGCCGUCGUCAUUCCCGGCUCGUACGUGCACGCCGACAGCUUUGAGAGCGUCGGCGCGUUGGGGGCGUACAUGAAGCGCGCCGACGCCAACGAUACUCUCUAUAGCGAGUUGUUCGCGUGGAGGGAGCGCUAUGUACCGAUAGCCGGCUCGUACACGCGCGCCUGGUGCGAGUUCUGUAAGGCGCUACACGAGUCUCCCGUCAGACGGAGAACCUUCCCGAACUUCGGCAAGUGGUGGGAGGGCUCGUGUAAGUGAGGAAAAGGAGAAGGA